AUCAGUCAACACUGUUCAAGGUCAAGUGAAUGUCGUUGAGCAUCCCCCUGUCCUGGCAGAGCUUCCAGCUCCCACCGGUAUAGCCAACACUAUCGACGAAGUCAUUGUGGCAGAAUCACGACCGACCGCCGACCAGGCUCGGGCUGAUUCUCCCAUUGUCCAUACCACAUCCCCAGUAUAUAAAGAUGUAAGCACCUUUUUCACAAGGGCCGCAUUUCCGGAGAAAGGCUAUGCCGCUGGGCGACUUCCACCCAUUCAGACUUCCGUGCCGCCUAACAAAAGCCAACCUGCCUCAGCUCUCUCGCUUCUCAGUCCGGUCGCCGAAAAAUAUGAUGGCCUCUCAGAAAGCAACAAUGUAACUCCCCAAGACAAUACCCCCACCGCCGAGCACAUCGCCAGAGCCUUGGCUGCUUCUCACGGUCACAGUACCCCGGUCGACCUGAAUCAACAUCCAAGAAUGACACCGACAUCUCUGACAACAUCUAGGAUUGCUAGCCCGAUCUUAUCGUCCGACUCAGACUCUGAACGGAUCCAUUCCUGGGGCGCAGUGAAAGACCGCUCUCGACCUUCAUCUCGCGGUCCUGGUAUUGGAGAAGUGGCAUACAUGCGCUCCGAGUCUCGAGGAACCCCUGGACAUGAUCGGGCCGGAUCCCGCGCUCCACGGGAAGGAGGUCGAUCAGCCUCCCAAGAUCCCGUCUACCGACAAGCCGGGUCGGUAGAAGCAACACAUAGAACGGCUCAACCGCGGGAAUCAAGUCGCCGGCGACCUUCCCCAUCUCGUCAACGCGCAUUGUCUCGCGAUCCGGCUCUUGGGCGUGGUGAUUCUCCAGGCCCUUUCUCUCGUCGUGCUGAUUCUCCUGGCCUAACGAGCCGGCGUGCUGUGUCGCGAGAACCUCUAUCGCGUCAAGCGCAUGGCCCUUCUACUAGCACCAGACACGCACUGGUGCAAGAAGCAGCCAGUCACCGAGCCGAUUCCCCUCCUCCGCUCGGCCGUCGGACAAGGUCUAGAGAGCCUUCUCGUCGUCGUGGGACCCCUUCUGGACCACCAACUCGUCGAGCGAUCUCCCGCGAGCCAUUUUCUCGUCGUCCUGAUUCAGUUGAUCUAUCUCAUCGUGCCGCAUCCGUGGACCCCAUCCAUCGACGAGCCAGUCCUAGAGAAGACUACGAUUCUACCUGGCGUUUCAAGGCACCGGUCACUUCGCCCGGGGCAAACAGUUCCAACGCAGAUAUAUCUUCGAGUUCGUCUGCAGAGGAAGGGACCGACAUUGAGACCGAAACGGACGAGAUCUAUUUCGAAUCCCGCAAAGGGUGGAACGGCCCCGCAGUGGUUGACGGCGAAGGUAAAGGUUUCUACGCAGCUGUCAUCCAAGACUACAGGGCCAUCGCACGCGAUGUGGAGGCGGAGAUUGCUAUGGCAGGGGAGCCAGCGGGUGUGAAGGAGGUUAUCGUCAACUUGGUGACGAACAAGAAGGACAAGGAAAAAGAAAAGCCAAUUGAUCUCAGGAUGGGCACGGGUUAUGUCGGUCCGGCCCUGGUGCCCUCGAAUGAGGAGUUGUGGGGUUGAUGAGGGAUUGAAUCGAGGGAGAGUGGUGGUACUCCUGCUUCUUCAGAGGAGGCCUACCUGCUCACGAAAAGUAUGGAAAUGAAGCAUGUCGAUCUAUGAGGGGACAACCUCUCAGAUCAUGCUCGGAACGAAAAACAAGCGAUGGCGACCGGCCAAAACAGAAAUCCUUCCAGCGUCUGCCUGCAAUAUCGCACACAACAUGGUCGACAGCACUGGUCAAAAUGCGAUGAUGAGAUAAACGAAUUUCCUUGAAUUAGUCAUGUACCUACAAAUACCUGGACAAUUACACAUUUUGAUGGAAUAC